GUGUUAUGCAAAAAGGAGUUAACCCACAAAAUAUUAAAAAAUGAGUUAUCCAACUCUUGUUGUAGAAUAUGUUGCUCUCUACAUUAUGCAAAAAUGAUUUAAGCCCUAUCAGUGUUUCAAAGACUAAUAUAGUAAAAAUGUUAACCCACAAUCCUUGAAUCUUCAAUUUACCAUUAUGCAAAAAAACAUUCAACCAUUAUAAAACACUCAUCCCACAAUCAGAUGUUUGUAGGCUAUUUUGCAACAAGCACUCAACCAGCUGUAACAACCCACAGGAGCAGUGAGCACCAUUAAUCAGGAAAGUGAGUGGUUGUUGUCUGUUCAAUUUGUUUACAUAGUUUUAUUAUUAUGAAAAAUCAUUCAGCUAAGUGAUAUUUAACGACCUUGCAAGUGACAACCUUCAUUGAAUAUUAUAAAGAUGCUGUCUAGAGGAAAAGCGUUGAUUGACUUGGCGCUCAAGAAUCAAAACAAAACCAAGCAGACGAAGAAAGGAACGGUACCAUUAUUUAUCAAUAAACCGGACCGUGUAAGUAUUGUAAAUUCAAAUUUAAAAUGUACUGAUGAAGAUGGGAAAAUCGUAAUGGAUAAAGUUAUUGACGAUGUUUGUAAAGAUUUUACAGUAGAAGAAGAAGUCUGUAAUACUAAUGAAGCAGAAAAUUUAAAUGCUGUAAAACAUUCAAGCACACAAUUUAUCAUUAAUGUUACAGUGGCAAAAGAAAAAGCAAAUGUGGUUGCCAAUGAUCUCAAUGACGAAAUGCUGGAUGUUACUGUUGAAGAUGGAGAGUACAUGUUCAUAGAAGAAAGAAUACAAGGUGCACUAGUUGAAGGGUCAAAGUAUAAAGAAGACUCGGACAUAGAAUCCCUUAGCCCGUUGUUUUCUGAGACUGGCAGUGAAUACCUUCCCUCAGGCUCAGACAUGACAACUGAUGAUGAAAUGCCAAAUCUUGAGGAUUCACAGAUUGAAAAUAAUGAAAGAUCAGACCAUGAUUCAAAUAAUGAAGAUAUAGAGGACGAAAUCACUGAAGAAACCAAAGGAAGAAAAAAGUGGACGUAAGAGGAAGUUUGAGAAUCAAUCAAGAUGUGACAGAAAAAGGAAAUGUAAUACAAAUAAAAAGUAUAUAAAUGCCAAAGGACAAACUGUUGUUCCAAAACAGUUUCCAGAUGAUUUUCAUUGUACUUGUAAAAGGAAAUACACUCAAAAUGUAUGUGUACAAGACAGAAAGAAACUUUUCAAUCAGUUCUGGUCAAUGAUGUUGACGGUUUUGGAGUCACAAACGUCGACUUUGAAAUCGACAAUGAUGAUGAAUAACAUUGUUUUAAACUCUCUAACCUUUAAAAAUAGAUUAACUUUGAAAGACUGCUAUAUUUUAAUGAAUUUUGAAUGAAUAAAACACAUUUUUCAAUAUUAGUAUGUGGGUUACUUUCAUUUUUAAGCCCUCAUUCCUUGAUAAACUGUAAAGCAAAAAGCAUUUAUCCAACAUUUUAAUUUUUUUUACACAGAUAUACUUGAAAUUUUU